GCGUGAUCUCAGGUGCAGCCAUGUGUGACCAGACAUUCGUGGCGGUCACCUUUGGGCCGUGCGAGAGUUGCGACAAGGCAAGCCCCCUCAUGAACAUCUACAUCAAGACCGAGGCCAUCAACUACUGCUCCCUCUGCGUGGAGAAGAUGGCGUGUCAGGGGCUCCAGGCGGGGGAAAGUCUGGCCUCGCUCAAGAGGGAAAGUGCCAAUUUGAAAAAGAAAUUGGACGAAGAGAGGAACAAGCUCAAUGACGUCGAGUUAAGCAAGUUGGCAGAGAAGGUGGAGACGGUGUCGUCUCUUUCCAUCAAGACCAGACGUGUGCUCAAGGGUCAUAACAAUAAAGUGUUGUGCAUGGACUGGUGCAAAGACAAGCGGCGCAUGGUCAGCUCAUCACAGGAUGGAAAAGUGAUUGUGUGGGAUGCAUUCACUCUCAAUAAGGAGCAUGCCAUGAGCCUGCCGUGCACGUGGGUGAUGGCGUGUGCGUACGCACCCACAGGUUGUGCGGUGGCAUGUGGAGGUCUGGACAACAAAUGUUGUGUGUUUCCGCUUUCGAUGGACCCGAACGAGAACCCGGUGAGCAUGAAGAAGUCGGUAGCCAUGCACACCAACUAUGUGUCAGGCUGCACCUUCACCAACUCCGACAUGCAGCUCCUUACUAGCAGUGGCGAUGGCACGUGUGCUCUGUGGGACGUGGAGAGCGGACAGCUACUGCAGAGCUUCCACGGUCACACCGCCGACAUCUUGUCACUGGACCUCGCCCCCUCCGAGACCGGGAACACUUUUGUGUCUGGCGGCUGCGAUAAGAAAGCUAACGUGUGGGACAUGCGCUCCGGUCAGAACAUCCAGUCCUUUGAGAACCACGAGUCUGACAUCAACUGUGUCAAGUACUACCCCAGCGGAGACGCGUUUGCGUCUGCCUCUGACGACGCCACGUGUCGCUUCUACGAUUUACGUGCUGAUCGCGAAGUGGCCAUUUACCAGAAAGACAGCAUCAUCUUUGGGGCAUCUACCGUGGACUUUUCCCUCAGUGGUCGCCUGCUCUUCGCCGGCUACAACGACUACACCAUACAUGUGUGGGAUGUCCUGAAGGGAAAUCGUAUUUCCACAAUGUACGGUCACGAGAACCGUGUCAGCAGAGUUCGAUUGUCCCCGGACGGCACGGCGCUCUGCUCCGCCUCUUGGGAUAACACCUUACGGAUUUGGGCCUAGAUUCUACCAACGAGCAUCUGGAAUUGACAAUAGUUAAAACCAACCUUUAGCAGAAGAAACAAGAACAAAAGGCAAACAAAUAAAAAAUCCCAAGUGAAUAAAUUUAAAAAAAAAAAAUUAUAAACGUAGGGAGUUUCUUUGAACACUAAGUGGUGGUAUAUUUUCUGAAUAACUGAUGUCACUGACAACUAAUCAUGUUAAAGUCAAGUAAGGUGACUCGUUUUCAACACAGGUUGCUCUGUAUGUGCUUUGUAUAUAUACAAAAAAAUAUACUGUAUAAUCAUGAGUAUAAAAUUGGUAGGAAAGCAGUUUGUCUUUAAUUGUAUUUAUUCUAAUUCAAGCACUGUACUUUUCCCACUGUUUAAUUCAAUGUGUUGUUUGUUGGAGUCAAGCACCACAAGACCUGAUAUUGACCAUUUUGACAGCGACACGUGUUGAAUUGAUCACGGCAAAGGUUUAAAGGUCUUGAGAGAAUCGAUGGGCUAUUUUGGUACUUCUUAAAAAAAUACCAAAGUUACUGAAAAUCUCCAUUUCAUCAGUGUUUGACUCACUAUUUCUCAACAUUUGAAAGGUGGGAAAGUACCUGGUGUUAGGGAGAGAUAAGUGAGAAGCUAUAGAUUCUAUAGUAUAGAAGAUAAAUAACAGCAGAUGUAUCAAACUUUCUGACGGUUGGACUCCAGCAGGACAAACAUGUUGUGUUAUUCUUUCCCCACUUCCUCAUGCUGAGAAGUCAUGCAAAUCACAUUGUGUACACUGUUUUGGACACUGUCAUUGUCAAUGAAUUUGGAAACCACAAAGAAAUAGCUGGUUUGAUCAAGUAUCAAUCUCAAAUGAAAAAUGUAAUAUGCAGUACUACAUGGCAUAAAUUAACAACACGUGUAUUUUCUGAUGUGAUUUUAUCACCCACAACUGCAUCUAUUGAGAUUACAGUGAUGAAAUGGUUGAUCAUGUCAUUCAUGCUACAGAAAACCUAAAAUAAUUGUUAAAUCAUCUGAUGUAGGGCAAGAAAAGUUUGUAUUUUUGUCAUGUAUUUAUUCUCAUUUUUGUUUUGUGAAUUGAAACACGCUUCAGAACCACAUUAAAGCAAGCAAAACCUUUUCACAA